AGAUUCAGUGAUAUUGUAGUAGUGUGCCAUGGUGGCAAGUGGAAAUUGACGUGUUGGAAGCUAACCCUUCAGUAAAAUAUCGUUUAUCGAAUCGUUAAUUGUAAAACUAGGAUUCGAAGAAAUUCAGUACUUGUUGAAAAAAACGAAGAAGAAACGAUUCGUGGAGAAUCAAACGUCGUAGAGAUAGUCACAGGUUUUAAGGGAUAUGGCGAGUCCUCGUACCAGAAGAUUACUUGGUGAAUUAAAACCUCGUGAUGAGAAUAACAAAUGUUUUGAGUGCGGUACACACAACCCCCAGUGGGUGUCCGUCACAUAUGGUAUAUGGAUCUGCCUCGAGUGUUCAGGAAAACAUAGGGGUCUUGGCGUUCACUUGUCAUUUGUUCGUUCGGUCUCGAUGGAUAAAUGGAAAGAUUCAGAACUAGAGAAGAUGAAAGUUGGUGGUAACAGAAAGGCACGCGAGUUUUUUGACUCUUGUGCAGAUUGGGAUGAUUCCAUGAGCAUUCAACAACGAUACAAUACUACCGCUGCAGCUUUGUACAGAGAUAAGAUAGCAACUCUGGCACGCGGGCAAGCAUGGUCACCCAGUUCAUCUCCUGCUAACAGAUUGUCAAAUUCAUCUUACCAAGAUAGUAACAAGUACGAACCAACGUCUCAUAAUACUCAAGACUCCAUGUCUUACCAGAAUAUUAAUUCUGCUGGGUUCAAAAGUCAAACAGAGUCUUUUUUUGCCCGAAAGCAGGAUGAAAAUGCAUCUAGACCAGAAAACAUACCACCCAACCAAGGGGGAAAGUAUGGGGGUUUUGGUUAUCAAAUGGAUGCACCACCCAGAAGCUCAUCACAAGAAUUUUUUGAUACAGCAGUCUCAUCUCUUGCUAGUGGUUGGUCCAUAAUGUCAUCAUCAGCAGUGAAAAUAGCAAACAAAGCAACUGAAAAUGCAAUCAAGAUAGGAGGAUUAGCCAGUCAAAAGGUUCGCGAUGGCACCAUACUGGAGGAUGUAGGCGCACAAGUUAAUAAUUUAGCUGCCAAGGUUAGCGAUCUAGGAAGACGAGGUUGGGGGGAUAUUAGUGGAACGAAUUCAUCAGAGCAGCAACAGCAAUUCGAUUUUAAUGAUCAGUACCAGACGACUAAUACUUCACAGAGUCAUCAUUCUAGUGGCAUGUCUUCCAAUGAAAAAUCGUCACUGGUAUCUGGGCAAAUGACGAAGAGCAGUUCAUCUGGAGGAAAAAAUUUUAGCGGGAAGGAUUGGGAAUCCUGGGGAAAUAGUUCGAGCCCGAAAUUAUCAAAUGAUUCUCAUGAAAGUAGUCAAUCAAAAUCUAUUCCUACCCGAACGAACAAGAAGACACAGAAUAAGGAAGCAUCUUUAAUUGACUUUGAAGAAGGAAGUAGCAACAAGCCGGCAGAUUGGAAUUCGAAACUAGAAGAAGAUGCAUGGGAUAUAUUAAAAGAUUAACCAUUGAACGUUAUUUAGGUAUGACUUUCCUUAGCUGAAAUUCUAACGCGAUAUUGGAACAUUACAAGUGAGUUUGUGAAGCCAAAAAUAAAAUUCGUGAUGUUAUCAGGCCCGAAUAUAUUUAUGGCCACACUCUCGUUGUCAUACCGCUAACGGCUGUUAGUCUAUUGUGAUGUGGAGGUGAUGAAUCAAACUUCCAAAUCUGAUUAAUUGUAACUGGUAAGUGGUAAUCGUGUGUAAUCGAUUGAUCGAUAUACUAUAAAUAUAUGUAUACACUAGGCCUAGUAUACACGUAUUUGGCAGGCUACGUAAGAAUUAUACAUUUCUAUUGAUUUCAUUUUUCUUUAUAUUAUGUAUCCCUUGUAUUUCGUUUAUUACUUGACACAUGAUGGUAUAUUAAAACAAUACCGGAAUUAUUACAAACAACGGUACGAUAUUUUAUAUUCAAACAAUUAUUGCCACAUAGAAACUAUGUGGUACGAGCGUAAUUAUUUACAGUUAAUUAGGGUAUCUAGAAUGAUGAGUAUCGCAUGUGAGGUAUUACACUCUAUAAUCCAAUUAUUUGACCAAUGCAAAAUAAAAAUAUCUAAGUUGACCAAGCAA